CCUCUCAGGGGCCACCUCCUCUAGGAAGCCUUCCCUGAUGCUCUUUGGACUUUUUUUGAGCAUUCUUGAUAUCUUUUAUCUGUAGCUCACAAUCAGUUCUAGAUACAGUCCUCUCCUUAUCCCACCCCAGCCAGCCUUCCCUGGUAAUAAAAAGAAAAAGCGAUAACCAGCUGACACCAACCAAUCCCUCACCCGUCCAACUCUUCUCAGGGUCUGACUCAGUCAUUCUAAUUCUGCAGUUUUCCAUGUCAUGUGAUCCUUCUUUAUUUACGUCAUCACUGUCAUUGUGUGCAUUGUUCUCUGGUUCCUGCUUCCUUUCCUGUUCUUCAUCAUUUCAUCUGAGUCUUUGCCUUUCUCGGAUGUUCACUAGCACAUCCCUUCAAACCCCAGUUCUUGUGGCCAUUUCCCCACUUACCCAGGAGUCCUGUUGUUUCCACUUCCCGGCAACACCGAAAAAGUGCAUAGACAUAUAUUGGUGCAGGAGGUCCCUUCCUUUGUCAGAGAUGGUUUUCCCGUUUGUCCUUGCAUCCCCAGCUUGAGCACAGUCACCAGGUCCCAAGGGGGUGUGUAAUAAGCGUUUGCUCUCUGCAUUGGACAGAACCUUCUCUCGCCAGGGAGAAGUGGGCAGAUAGCAGAUCUCUCUGAAGUCCUUUAUCUCACAACUGAGCUGACAAAACUCUUCACCUGAAAGGUCCACCUCAUUGUGGAAGGGGGAGACCUUUGCUGUGUCACUGACCCCAGGAAGUCCUCUUAGUGACAAAACCUCGUUCUCACGUCCGUCCCUCCUCUCUUGUGACUCACUGGGCUCCUUUCCAGGAGGUUUCUCUCGGACCCGGACCAUGCCACUAAAAUGCACUGGCUGAGAAGGGACCUCCCUGCCCGUGUGCUGGUUUUGCAUCCCUAGACUGCAGCGUGGGCCUCCACUGUCAGGACCAGCAUUGCCUGGAGAUCCAGUGGCCAGGCCGGCCGCCUCAUCAUGAGUGACGAGAAAGGCCUGGGGCUGUCCCAGAAGUUGGUUUCUCCUUCUAGGAGCACCAGCAGCUGCUCCUCCAAGCAGGGGAGCCGACAGGUAAAGGAUAGCUGGGAAGUGGUGGAAGGACUCCGAGGAGAGAUGACUUGUACCCAGGAGCCUCAAAUCCAGAAGGGCUUCCUGCUGAAGAAGAGGAAGUGGCCACUCAAGGGCUGGCACAAGAGAUUCUUCUUCUUGGAGAAAGGGAUCUUGAAGUAUGCCAAGAACCUGGCUGAUAUAGAGAGAGAGAAGCUCCAUGGAUCCAUUGAUGUGGGGCUCUCUGUGAUGUCCGUCAAGAAGUCUUCGAAAUGCAUAGACCUUGAUACAGAGGAGCACAUCUACCAUCUGAAGGUGAAGUCUGAGGAAGUCUUUGAAGAGUGGGUAGCCAAGCUCCGGCACCACCGAGUGUAUCGUCAGAAUGAGAUCGCCAUGUUCCCACGAGAUGUUAACCAUUUUUUCCCUGGGUCCACUGUAACAGACUCUGCGUCUGGAGUAUUUGACUCUGUUUCAAGUAGGAAGCGCAGCAGUAUAUCAAAGCAGAGUUCACUGCAGACGGGAAGCAGUCUGUCGUUCAGUUGUGGAGAAGCCCGAGUCCCCAUAUGGCCCCAUUCUUCCGAAGACAUGGAGAAAUGCUCCAAAGACCUGGCCCACUGUCAUACCUACUUGAUAGAAAUGAGCCAGCUUCUCCAGAGCAUGGAGGUUCUUCACAGGACUUACUCCGCGCCAGCGGUAAAUGCUCUUCAGGGUGGCGCUUUUGAAAGUCCCAAAAAGGAAAAAAGACCCCACAGACGGUGGAGGGCAAGAGCUAUUAGCAAAGAGGCCAAAGGAAUGCUGCAGGUCCCCAAGCCUUAUUCUGGCCCAGUCAGGCUUCACGCGUCCAAUCCGAAUUUGUCAACGCUCGAUUUUGGGGAGGACAAAAAUUACUCCGAUGGCUCCGAAACCUCCUCAGAAUUUUCCAAAAUGCAAGAAGACUUGUGUCACAUUGCUCACAAAGUUUACUUCACCUUAAAGUCGGCUUUCAAUACCCUGUCAAACGAGAGGGAGAAGCUGAGGCAGAUCUCAGACCACGAUUAUUCCUCAUCCCCAUCUGCACAGAUUGUGGGUCUCAAGCAUGCCUUAUCAUCCGCCCUAGCACAAAAUACUGACCUUAAAGAGCGCUUACGUAGAAUCCAUGCCGAGUCACUGUUCCUCGAUUCUGCUGCCGGUGCCAAGUCCAGUGAUGGUCUGGCAGAGGAGAUCUCUGGAGAAGAAGGCAGAGCCCUCGUCCAUCAGCUCUCCAAUGAAAGUCGGCUCUCCAUCACAGACUCCCUUUCUGAGUUUUUUGACGCCCAAGAAGUCUUACUAUCUCCGAGCUCCUCAGAAAAUGAGGUCUCUGAUGAUGACUCAUACGUCAGCGAUGUAAGUGAUAAUGCCUCUGUGGAUAACCUCAGCAAUGAUUUGGAUAGUGAGAGACAGACUUUGGGCCCCAUUCUCGAAAGUGACCCAGGAGGCCAGACCCGAGGCCAGACCCAACGCCGGACCUCCUUGCCGGCACCCUGCCCCAACACCAGCAACAUCAGCCUCUGGAAUAUUCUGAGAAACAACAUUGGGAAGGAUCUGUCCAAGGUGGCCAUGCCUGUGGAGCUGAAUGAGCCUCUGAAUGCCCUACAGCGCCUCUGCGAGGAGCUGGAAUACAGCGAGCUGUUGGACCAGGCAUCCAGGACCCCGGACCCACUGGAAAGGAUGGUGUACGUGGCGGCUUUUGCUGUUUCUGCCUAUGCAUCCAGCUAUUUCCGAGCAGGGAGCAAACCCUUCAAUCCAGUGCUUGGAGAGACUUAUGAAUGUAUCCAUGAGGAGAAGGGCUUCCAGUAUUUUUCAGAACAGGUCAGCCACCACCCUCCCAUCUCGGCCUGUCACGCAGAGUCCGCCAACUUCGUGUUUUGGCAAGAUGUCAGAUGGAAAAACAAGUUCUGGGGCAAAUCCAUGGAAAUUGUUCCAGUUGGCACAACUCAUGUCACUCUUCCUGCUUUCGGUGAUCAUUUCGAGUGGAACAAAGUGACCUCCUGCAUUCACAACAUCCUCAGUGGCCAGAGAUGGAUCGAGCACUAUGGCGAAAUCAUCAUUAAGAAUCUAAAUGAAGAUUCCUGCCACUGUAAAGUGAACUUUAUCAAGGCCAAGUAUUGGAGCACCAACUCCCACGAGAUCGAGGGUACAGUCUUUGACAAGGCUGGAAAAGCCGUGCGCCGUCUCUUUGGGAAGUGGCACGAGAGCAUCUAUAGUGGCACCCGGUCCUCAUCCACCUGUAUCUGGAGAGCACACCCCAUGCCGAAGGGGCACGAGCAGUAUUAUGGCUUUACCCAGUUUGCCCUGGAGCUGAACGAACUGGACUCACUGACCAGACCAUUCCUCCCCCCGACGGACACACGGUUCCGGCCAGACCAAAGGUUGUUAGAAGAAGGGAACUUAGAAGAAGCAGAAACCCAGAAGCAAAGGGUUGAGCAACUGCAGAGGGAACGACGACGGGUCAUGGAAGAGAAUAACUUGGAGCAUCAACCUCGGUUUUUCAGGAAAUCCAGCGACGACUCGUGGGUGAGCAACGGUACUUACUUGGACCUCCGAAGAGACCCUGGCUUUUCCAAACUGGACAACCCCACCCUGUGGUGAUGGAGUUCUCUAGCCUCAUUCUCUGCUGGUCGCUUUCUGGGACAAUGCCCAUUUAUCUUUAUAUAAAUAUAUGUACAUGUAUUUAAAGGACGCCAUCUAGAACGAUGCAUUUGUGCUUAACUUAGACUUGUAAGUAUCCAAGUAUCUAUUUUCCUCAAUGGAUUUCUUUACGAUUCCAAUUGUUACCAUGAUUGUUUGUAUGAAGGUAGAACACCUUAAUUUCUUUUUAUAUAUAAACUAUUUAAUAAAAUGAAAUCUUGAAUGUUAGAGGCUUGGGGAGAGGGGAAGGGGAGAAGCUUUAACACUAACUUUCCAAAGGCUUCACAAACAUUCAGAUGAAACUGAUGCCUUAUUGAAUGAUGGCGAAAGGGGAAAAAAAUAUCUCCUGGACCUGUUAGGGCACAAGAAGAGGGCCCACCCUGGGUGAGCCACCCAAGCUUAAUUUGGUAGCUCAGCCAUCUUUUGGCCUCAGACUGCUGGGGAAUUGCUUAUACUGGGUGGUCCUGCACGUGCCAGUCUGACGAAUCUCUUCUUGUUAUUUUCUCUGGUGGGAGGGUGGGCUGGUGAGAAGAAGAGAACUAUUAUUUUUAUUUAAUAUGGGUUUAGAGCCUCCUGGAAGAGGCUGUCCAGUUGCCUUACAUGCACAGUUUCCCCUGUUGUUCAAGCUUUAGGAAUCCCUUUGCCCAAAGCCUUGGAUCAAUGGCCCCAAUGGUCCUAAGGGAGAACAGAACCUUUGGCUAGGACUGAAAGCAGUCCCUGCUUUCCUGUCCUCCCGUGACCCUCACACACAACCGAUGAACCAAUGUCUUAGUGUCUAACAAUUUAAAGUCCAUUUGUAUCCGCAACCUUGAUGGUUUCUAUAAACUCGAAACACGCACAACAGGGGAACUUUUUAGGAAAAACAAAAAAAAAACCUUGGCAAAUUGACCUAAUUGUUUUCAAUAACAUGCGUUUUCUUAAAUACUGUUUUGGUAUUUUCUACCUCUUUCUUCUAAGUACCAUCUUUUCGAUCUUGUACAAAGUGUUUGGUGACCAUCUGCCUUAUCACGCCCCAAAUGAUGGGAUCUCCAAUCUUCCUUUGAGCUCUCCGUUCUGUUCUGGUGACUCUCUAAGUGUCUGUCGCCCUCUCCCGUUCUCUUCCCUCCCUUCCCUCCGGGGUCACGACUUCAUAAAUUCGGCAGCUGCCUCAGGGAAAGCACAGACCCAAACCACAGGGAAGGGGCAGUUGGCCUUUUAGAACUGGUGAGUGACUCCAAAUCACAGUCGUACACUACUAUGUGCAAUAAAGAAAAUGCAUGACCAAGCAACGGCCCAGAUGCUCUUCGGAGGGGGGCCUCAUUCAUUCAUCAACUCUCUAUCCUGAUCCACAGGCCAGUGCGGCCGACGCUCAUUGUUGGAAAGGUUUUUGCAAAAAUUAAAAUAAAAUACAACAAUCAACAGGCGUCAAAGUGGGUGAGCAUUUGACUUGCCACGGAUAAAGGGUGAGAAAAAUGCCGAAGUCCUAACGUGGGCCAUCAGCCAUGGGACAUUUUGGGAUUGGGAAAUGUUUGGAAUGGAAUGGGCAGGGCUCUCUCCUGGGCCAAUGUCUGUCUGCAGAACUUUCAGACAAUAAAAUCCUCGGUCAAUA